UCACUUCCCGAAAGUAAUAUUCGACGAAGUGACGCACCACCUCGUAGGGGGGGAAAACGCAGAUUCGGGUUCGGUAGCGGUUACAGGGCUGCUGGGGCUACCACAGGGAAAAAUGGCGACCCACCGUAGAAAGGAAACGGUGGCAACCACUAGGAGCAGCGUGAAAGAUGUGCCCCCGGGCAGCAUAGGUGCGCAUUAUACGACAGUGCCGUCCCAGCGAGACAAACCCAUGCUGAUACUUGAUGGAUACCGUUUCCAUCGGGAGCGGCAAGCACGGGGAAGAAGCUACUGGAGCUGUGUCCAGAAGAGGACCACCAGAUGCAAAGGAAGGGCUAUUACGAUUGGAACUGCCACUGGUGAAAAACUGCUCUGUAGUACCUGUCAUCAUCAUGCUCCCAGUGUUGCAGAAGUGGAGACUGCACAGCUGGUAGCGGGCAUUAAGGAGGAGGCGGCUGCUACGAAGGACAUACCUGCCGUAGUCAUCCAAAGGUGUUGCAAAAGGGCAUCACAGGAAGCUGUACAGCAUAUGCCUAGUAAGCGGGCACUGAAGCAAGUGAUACGACGCCGGAGGAGGAAUGGGCGUGUGGCCAAGGCAAAGACUUUCACAUGUGUUAGGGAUACCUCUGUGGAGGAUGUUCCCCUUUGUAUUGGUGGAUUUAUGCAACGGCAAGGAGAAUGUGAAGGCUGCAAGAGCCCUUCCACGAUGCACACCCCACAGGACAAUCUGCAGACACUGCCUUGCAGUUCUCUAAGCCAUGUCAAUUGUACACAAGGAUGUUUAGGACCCCAAGAUACAGCCAGGGGCAGUAAUCUUACAGAUGUGUCAAUAUUUAAGGAAAUGCCCAGUCUUGAAGUUCUUAAUUUAAGUACAAAUAACAUAACCUCUUUGGAAGACAUCAGCCAUUGUCAUAACCUGAAAGAGUUGUAUCUGAGAAGGAACAGUAUCCAGAACAUAGAAGAACUCUUCCACCUUAAAUCCCUUCCUCAUUUAAAAGUUCUCUGGCUAGCAGGAAACCCGUGCUCUGGGUCAGACUCUGACAAAUACAGAAUGACAGUCCUUCGAAAUCUCCCCAACCUUCACAGACUAGAUAAUCAGACAGUGACAGAAGAAGAAGUUGCCAAAGCGGCAGAGGAAGGAGAAGAGAUCACAUCCCCUCCAAAAACUGAAGCCAACGAUGAUGGAAUUUAUGUCUGCAAGAUUGAAGAGGAACCAGUAGAACCUGCUGUUGAAACAGAGGCUGACCCACUGAAUUUCAGCAUGGAAGAGACAAACAAAAUACGGGAACAACUUGGUAUGAAACUUUUGACAAGAGAUAAAUUUUCUACUUCUGCAUCACCAGAGGGAAACAGCAGUAUAGAAAACAAAAGGCCCAAUGUCUUAAAUGCAGUUUUGCUGUUACUUAAGGAGUUGAACGUCGAAGGAUUGGAAGUUGUUCGCAAGACAGCAGAGUCUAAAUUACGUGCAUUAAAAAAACGAGAUCUCCAGGAGGAGAGCUAAUUCAUAUGCUGCUGUGCUGAAGGCUGACAAAGAUCAAGAGACAUCCCAUUGCUUUUGGGAGUUUGUUUACCACAGGAUGCCAACUGAUACAUUGUUGCAUAAGCAUAUUAUUGUAAUGUAUUUUAACUUCUGUCAUCCUUGAAGAAAAAUGCAUUUUGCUAUUUUUGAUAAAAAAUUAUAUAACUAUUUAAAACUGCUUUUUUGCAAUAUGCUAUAGAAGAGGAAGACAUCACCUUUUAGAUUUUUUUUUUCGGGUGGGGUAAACAGAGUUUCAGUACACUACUUGCAAAAUAUUCCUGUCAGUAUACAAUACUGACGAAUGACCACAGAUUAAAAGGUUGAAGUCGUUGUGCCUUUUUUGGAUGUCUGCUAACCACAAAUCAAGCAAGUAAAAGAAAAAUUAACUCUCAUUCAGUGAUGGACACAGUUCAAGAUGUUAGGCUUGUGCCAGCAUCAUUUGCAGAACAGACAAAAAGUGUGAUGAAAACUUUCUCCAACAGCAGUACUUAGUGGAAAAUGUGAUUAGAAACAGCUUAUUGUCAUGUUUGAAAUGAAUCCAUCGUUGACCACUUUAAAAUGUGUAAUAGGUGUACACUGAUCUGAGUUCUGCACUUUCUUUUUUUUUUUUUUUUUGCAUUGUUUGCAUUUACCAUUUGGCCCAUUUAUUCAGUGGGGCCAGGUCAGCCUAGAAGGACCAUCAUUAAGGUAGCCAUCAUGGGUGGUUUCAGUUCUUUGAUAUACUGCCCUUCAACCCCCUGUGCACAUAGGGGAUGGCAUACCCACAUAUGACUGUACAUUGGGUUUGAUCUUGCUGUAAAGGCAUUCUUAGUAAACAGCCCUACCCCUUCAGUAAGGCACCACAGGCAGUCCUUGCAGUCUUGUUUGUGUUGUGCCUAUGCAUAUGUUUUCUGAGAAUCCAUACCAGGAGUGGCCUUAGGUCAACUGGUGCCCUAGGCAAAACAGCUCCAUGACGCCCCCUACCACACCAUCUGGUGCCCCCAUCCUAGUAUACCUACACCAAAUAAAUACUGAAAAAGUGCCCCUGCUACAGCGGCACCAUAGGCGGCCGCCUAGUUGGCCUAUGCCUAAGGCCGGCUAUGAUCCAUACCCCUUCUAUUCCUCCUUGAGAGAGAGAGACAAGCAGGCUUCAUCCUUUUCUCUUCCUUGCGUGGCUCCUGAAGAGACAGGGCUUCUAAUCAAACCCUGGUUGCGUGUAUUAUAUUUAGGGGUAAGCCCCACUCUACCAUUGAGAAGGGUUCCUGUAAUAAUGAAUUCUAAAAGUAUCCCUUAAAGGAGAUCUUAUAAAAGCUUGUGUUUUAUCCCUAAAAAAGAAGAGGAAGAAUGUUAAAUAAAGCAGCUGUUUUUGGGCAGCAAAUUGUAGCUGAGGUGAGCAGCUUUUUUUUUUUAAGCAAGCUGUUACACGUCUGUGCUCAGAGGAAACAUUGUAUUACAUCAGCUGCAUGAUACAGUAUCAUUCAUGGUUUAGCACACGAUUAGUAUUAAAAUAAAAGCUUAACAUUUUA